UAGUGGUUUAAAAAUCUCAGGGUGAUUAACGGCGAGUUUCCCAGAAAACCAUGGCUCCAAUGACAAAUGCUGAAAGACAAAAAAGAUAUAGAGAACGGUUAAAACAAAAUCCUGCAAAAUAUGAAGAGUUACGGCUGAAACAUUUAGACAGAGUAAAGAAAUCAAAAAAUAAUGGAAUAAAAUGUCAAAACGAACAGCAAAAAGAAAUAACUAGAGAGAAAUGGAGACGAUAUUCUGCACGUUAUUAUGCUAAAAACAAUAAAAAGACCAAUCGUGAGCAGGGUUCGGAUGAAGAUGUACAAGCUACAAAUGUGGACAUUGAGAAUUGUGAAAAUAAGAAGUGGAGAUCGAGAAAUGCACAGUUAAAGAAAGAACUAAGGUUAUGCAGGGAAAAAUUACACCUUUCAUUUAAAAGACAUGAAACCAUGAGGAAACAAAUAUAUCGGCUCAAGCAACAAAUACUUAAAAUCAAACAAGAUGGACUAACUGAAGAGAAUAUUUCAUCACCCACUCCAUCUGAUUUUGAUAUUCUUUCGGAAUCCUUGGGAUUGGUCUACAAAGAGUCUACGCGAAAAGAGAAACAAGUGUUAAAAAAAGUUAUGAAGAGUUCAAUAACUUCAAAACACAGAAUGACAGCAAAAAUAACAAAGGCUGUUGGAAUAAAGGGAAAAAUUCGAUCAAAUUGUGGAAAAUCUGCAAAGAGGAAGCUACUCAUUUGUGAAAUUCAUAAAUUCUAUUUGCGUGAUGAUAUAAGCCAAGCAACAGCCGGUAAAAAAGAAUGCAAAACUAAAAAUAAAACCAAAAUGCAGAUACGAUUGUUAACAGACACAAUCUACAAUUUGUAUAAAAUUUAUAAAAGAGAUGGAGGCAAAGCUUCAUAUUCCACUUUAAGUCGACAUCGCCCAUUUUAUGUGAUACCUCCAAAACUGCAAAAUCGUGAUACUUGUGCUUGCAUUCGUCAUAGCAACAUUAAAUUUAAGAUAUUAAAGUUAUACAAACUUGGAUUGAUAAAAACUAAACAAACGGAAGAGCUGUUGAUACAAAUUGCAUGUAGCUUGAAAUCUAAAGAAUGUAUGUAUGGUCAAUGCAAAUCUUGUGCUACAAAAAAAAUCGAGAUUUUGGGCUUGUCAGAUGAUACUGAAAUUUCUUGGUUAGAGUGGCGUGUGAAAAAAAUUCCAUACAGAAAGAAAACCCAAGAAGGUACAGAAAUUGAGGUUUCGACACAAAAAUGUCUUAAAGAAGUGGUUACUGAUAAGUUGAGUGCCUUCAAAAUAAAAUUUCACCAGGAGAUAACGUUGUUUAAAAAACACAUUUUCAACAUGACUCACCAACAAAAAUCGUUUCGGCAAUGUGUUGACGAAGUAAAAGAAAAUGAAGCAGUAAUCAUUGUAGAUUUUUCAGAAAAUUAUCAGUGCAAAUACAAUCAAGAAGUUCAAAGUAUGCAUUUUGGAUCAUCCCGACAGCAAAUUACUUUGCACACAGGUGUUGCAUACUUUUACAACGAAAAACCAGAAAAUUGCCUUUCUGCCCUUUAA